AUGGCCAAAAUAGGCAAAGGUGUGCAGAUUGGUUUGUCCUGGGUGAAGACAAGACCCGGCGACCUUCCGGACGGUGCCAUUGAGACACAGCCCGGCGUCUACAUCUGCCGCGCCAUGCAUGAGGGUGAACAAAUUCCCGGAAAGUACGUUCCCCGACUCUCGCUCGCCUAUGUCUCCUACGGUGGCGAGGAACAUCAGAAGAAGGAUUGCGAAGUACUCUGUGACACUUGUUGUCCCGGACAAGGUUGCUGGUAAGCUGGAAACUCCUGAUCACCUCUUUGUUUCUAAAAGAUGGACCGAUGAGUGUCGACUCGUGCACUGUUAUAUUGUCAUAUUUAGCGAGUCCGUUACAUGUGGCAGCUAACUGUAAGAAGUUUCUCCAAUCAAAAUUCGAGGAGAUAUGAUUGGUAAAACAGUCUUUGCUAUGAGAGAUAGAGAGAGAAAGCGCGUGUGUACACUUCAAAACGGACCAAGCGCUGGACAUCCAGGGGGACCAUAUGGGAUCCUAGCAGGCGUUUUCGGAAGGUGCGUCAUAGAAAAGGCUAACAUUUUGCGGUGCGAUGACAGACCCGUUUGCCGGCAGAGAUCUCGUACACUAGGUCUCAUGUCGCCCCCACUUCAAAUAAUGGUUAAAAUUCUGAUUAUUUGCUGUAUGGACCAGGAGGUGCGAAGUGGUGUGCCAAGGUGCGGUCUCUACCGUGCCACCAAUCGACGUCCUUUCCCGAAAUGCCGUCUUCCUGAUUCUCUGUUGACACCAGAUCCAAGUAAUAGAGGAGAAGGAGGAAGGGGAGGAGGUGGAGGAGGAGGAGGAGGAAGUGCGGUAGAUGCGGCGUAAGUCGACUGCCACUAUAAACUAAAUCACGUGCAAGUCACGGUCCAUGCCAUCACUCUACUGUGAGCCGCGCGAUGGGCAUCGUCGGUAACAAGAGUCUUACCGUCGUGUGUGCACAAACAGCAACUUCCGGCUUUGUGUAACCAAACAAGAUGUGUGUGUGUGUGCCGUGAUCGUUAAGCACAACAUAUCACCUACCUUCGUUAGGCUGUAUCAAGAUCGGGGCUUGAGUUACGUGCGGUGAAAGUGUGUGAACUGGACUCCAUGUAGUUCAUGUUACAAAUCACGAUCUUCCUCUUAUACAGUCUGUACUGAUUUCGGGAGAAGUCCUAGGCCUAAUACGUCCCCUUUUUACUGGAGGAUAUAUUCUCUGUGGAAGUAUUAUAUACACGUAUUGUAGAUAUGUAUGUAGGAUUUUUGUUCGAGUCUAUAUCCUGAUCAGUGCAUAUUGUGGCCAGGCCUAGUCAAACAAGCGAGAGUGCGACCAACCUUCACCCAUUCAACCAUUAAUGCAUAUAGAAAUAUGACCGCGCCUUCUGAACGGCGUCCGUUGGUGUGUUGGAACGCGCCCGUGGUGUUGCGAAGACCAGGCGAGUUCAAACAAGAACAAUUGAGAGUUCGAGGACAAGAUGGAGAAGCCGAAGGUUUAACGUGGCGGCCAUGUCAAAUCGAAUGUCUUAAGGAGAGGCUAGGCGCUCUCAGCCCUUCACGCUUGAUUUCUAAUUCAUAUGAAGUCGCUUGUAUGCCGCUAGGUUGGAGAAGCUGCCGAAAUACUAUUUACCGAGAUCUGCAUUCUUGCAGAUGAUUUAUUGUCUUCGCAGUCUACAUGCGCUUCGCCAAGGUAUUGUUUACUGCUCGGAAUCUUUUUCUCACUGUUUAUCCAACUAGUUCACCGUCAUGCCAGGUCCUCUUGAUGUUUUACUUCACUACAACAUGGCCAACCGGCGGAUUUAAAACUUUUCGCACACAUACACACUUACAUUGUCUGUUUUUCAGCUGUGAUUUUUGUAAUCAUAAUUUUCGAGUACAUUUCAGUGAUAUGCUUAUACGGCCGACCCGAUAGUGAGAAAUUCAGCGGUCUCGAUGAGGUUCAAACGCGUAUCAGCAAGUGCAAGUCCUUCCAAGGGACCCAUUGGCUGUUUGAACAACAAAAAGGACGCCGAUUUUGUUUAUAAUUAGGUCGGAUAAUUUGUGCGAGUUUGCCAAAAACAAAACAGUGAGUGACCAAACCCAGGAAAUGUUGACUGAGAUUCUGAAGUGCGUUUUUGAUUAGGAAGGAUUACUUAGGCGGGGUUGUCAUACUGAUCAUCAUGUGACACAUUCCUACAAUAUUUCCUACACGCCAGGAUGUCAGCUUUUGAAUGCACUCCUUUCCGAUCUCCUGCAGAAAUGCACUCGGUAAAAAAUGACCGCUUAAAUAGCACGUAUGUUUUGCAUUGAUUUUCGAUGGUUUUGCAUGUAGAGCUAUCGACCACGUGGUCUGCCGAAGUGACAGUCCACAGAUAUACGUGAGCACUCACGUUAGAUGCUGAUGAUGGCAGCGAUGCGUCAUCCGGCGAAUCGGCCUGACGGCUGACGCGGAGGUGGCUUAUACGAUGGCCAGGCGCGUGGUUCGCAAUCAUGUUCCUUGACUACUUAAAUCGAUUAGGUAGUUCGAUAAAGUUAUUCGUUUUUACUAGUGCACACGGAUUUCAGCGUUACCGCAUGCGCGACCCCCUAUUUGCCCUAAUGCCGUUUCCAGACGGCCUUGUAGCCUACUUUAGGCCAGUGUUGGGACGAUCAAAUCUCACCUCAAGACACUUCCCCUGGCGCAAGCUAAAUAUCUAACAGCUUUACAAACUCUAAACUUGAUAGUUGACUGUUUGCUUUCAAGGGACGAAGUAUCCUGACAUAUCCUGCUGAUUGUUUAAAAUACAAAGUAUCUCAAGUGACCAAUAUUUUUGUCAUAACAGCAUGGCAAUUAUAGACAAUCACAUCAAAAUAUCGGUCAAUUUAUCCUGCUGGCGAACAAUGUUACGAUAACUUAUUGGUGGUGCAAUAGUAACGUCAGCUGUUGGUAAUAUCAGACUCGAUCCGUGUUCAAAACCCAUCGUCCGUUAGAGUUUGAGGUGUUCAGUUCGAAGUAACGCCCCAGCAUCCUCCCGUUGUCCUUUGUUUGGCCAGCUACGAGUGGGUUCAUGCCAGUGGAGGCGACGUGCCGAAGAAAGCAAUCGUCGCAGGCGUCGCUUCUGACGGACAACCGCUGUACAUCGCCAAGGCUCGCGUAGGGGACGAGGUUUGUGGAGGCAAGGUGAGUAGAUGCAUCGUUUGAUUCUUCUCCAUGCUGGUUUACUAAACGCAAACUUGUCAGCCUACUGACCCUUUCUGUAAGCCGUCUUUAUUCUCAUAAUAUGCCUACUGUUCAUUUGAUGACGGUUAUAUUUGGCCACGUGACCCGUAGAUUCGCUGAACCAACAGAGGAGCCAGAUCAAGGACAGACAGCCGGGGUGCAGUGACACACCUAGGUGCUGGUUCGCGCAGUACCAGCCGCCUGCGACCUCUACCGCCUCCGGGCUUCUUGGCCUGAUUAGGACACGAAGUCCAGGUGGGAGAGAAAGGGAGAGUGCGAUAGAUACAGCGCAAGUCUACUUCCACUCCAAACUCAUUCGGGUGCAAGUCCCCAUCUAUGCGUCGUGGAACACACGGUAGGCAUCGUCAGAAACGAUGAUCUAACUGUCAUAUUUGGACGUCCACUCCGUUGAGCGACGGUCCUUUUUGUCUACUUGUAUUCGAUUGAGGUUGUGGAGCGUACUAAGUGCUAAACGCGCUUAUUGGUCACUCAUGAACGAUAGGUCUUCUUUGUUGAUGACGAUGCUACUUAGGCGACUUCAGUAACGGUGCCUUUCCUUUCAGCGGCGUUAUCAGCUCAUCAGGGGGCUUCAUGUUCAGAGCGCAUACAAGUGCUUGAAAGGCCACAAAAUGCUCAUUUACCGACAAAAAUAAAGUACACGUGUUGGGAAGAUCGUCCAACCAAGCCCUAAGCACCGAUCUCACUCCUGAUUAAUUAACUCAUGCCCCUUGGCGGAAGAGGUAUGCGUUGAUCUCUUCCAAUUACAGGACGGAAUUGAGGGCGGUUUUCUGUUAGUUCAACGUAGAAGGAUAGAGAUCAAGACUUGGUCGUUGCAUCGCAGGCGUGGGCAUCAGUCCCAGCUAUACAGAUUGACAGGUCCGCACGUCGUAAAAAAAAUAGCCGUUUUGUUGAUAUAAAAAGGUGAGUACCUUUCCGAUGAUAACUAGUACCUGAUCACGAGCACACAAAGCCCGUUUCGAUACUGAAAAUGGUCCCUUUUUACUUGACUAGAAAGACUAAGUAGCCUUUUUUUACAAAUUUUGUUGUUUCAGGUGCAUAACGGCCAUUCCAGUGCUUAUAUGCCGUACCAGGGUGAAGAACAUGCGGUGCACGACUAUGAAGUCCUGGUUUGGAAGAAGGAGGAUUAA